GCGGCGAUGGGAAGGCCCAGCCCUUCUCGGCUCGGCCCGUGGGCAGCGCUGGGCAGUGGCCUGGACCCCCAUCCCCGCCCAUAUGGGUCCAGUGGCCUAGGUCAGCUCUCCUUCCUGCGGCGUCACCUUGGAGGUCUCUCUCUGCUGCUCUCAUCAGCCAGCCUUCCCAUGUCCUGGCCCUCCUUGCCGGUCACCAUCCCCAUAAGGCUGGCCUGUGCAGACUUCGGGUCCUUUAGACGGUGGGUGUCCCUCUGUGGCUUUGCUAUGAAAUCACCUCAAGCUCAUCCAAGGAGACUUUCCAGGUCAGACGCAGCUCUCCAUCCUCGUCUUUCUCCAAGAACUUCCCAUGAGUCUGAGGCUGGCUCAUCAGUCCAUUUCUGGAAGACGUCCCUAGCCUAUGGUGCUUUCCCAGAGUGUUCUAGAUGGACAAGUGACACAAAGACCUGGCUGGAAAAAAAGUCUCCUAGUAAAGCAGCAGAAGAUGAAGCCAGCCUUGGACACCGCCUCACCUUCUCCCACCACCAGCUUUCCCCAGGUUACCAGCCAGCGUUCAGGCCCCUGGAUCCACAGGGACCACUGUGGCAAAGAGAAAGUCUAACCUGCCCAGAACCAAGUCCUUCAGACCAGGGCCACAGACAGCCUGGGCGUCCUGUCAGUUCUCUGGCCAGCUCUGCUCCAGGCCGGGUUGGAAGCCAAGCGUCUGCAACCCGAACUCGGGUUCCCACAAAGCAAGAUUCCACUGGUUCACUUGCAACGAGAGAGCCUCCUCAUUUACACUGUGUGUUUCAGCCUGAAGACGACAGAAGACCCUACACGCCCCAACUAAUGAAUCUGCAGUCUCUGACGGGGAUGAGGUAAGACCGCAUGGACUGAUGGGUUAGUCCCAAAUCAGAAUUCUAAUGAGGUUCACUGGCAGAGCCAAACCGACACAGCCUUCCAUCAGAUUCGGACUCUAGUUCCCAACAGGUAACAUAUGAAGACCAUGUAGCUGUGGGGAGGAGGUAGACAGGAAAUCCCAGUGAACGCCAUGCCCUGACGCAACACUUGAAGACGUUAACAAUGCCCUCCCGGGCACCACCGUAGUGGCCUCACCCUGUGUAAAUCUCAGGGGGUUAGCCUCAUUUCCAGCUACAGACUCUGCAGCGCACAGGAGGGUUGUCAAGAAACGUACUCUGAAAGAAGAAAGGGGACAUAUUUCCAAAGCGUUUCAUGUCUGAUACCUCACUGAUGUGAGAUGAGCGGCAUCAUCCGGAUUAUAGAGGUAAAGUGAGGCUCAGAGAGCUUCAUAACUUGCCCAAACCUCACAAAUAAUAAGAGGCUAAUCCAAAAUGUAAAGCCAGAUUUAAUCUC